GAUGAGCCUGCUCAUCUCUGGCUGUGAACAGAUAAACACUGGAUAACAUCUGUUUGCUCACUGGAUGAUUAUUUGGUAAUCGUGAACUGGAUCAAGUAACACGUAGGGGAAUUUAUAGAAUUCGUGUGAAUUCUUUAAAACAGUGACGUAAAUUAAUAUAUAGAUGAAAAGAUAUGAAAUAAAUGAAAACUGACUUAAGGCGCCUUAAAAUUGUAAUGAAGUAAACACGUGAUCAAACUAUUUUAUACGAAAAAGGAACAUUCCAUUUAUUUUUAUUUAUUUUCCUCUUACAUAGCGUUAAAUACUCAAUCGAUUUAAAGACUAUUUAAAGAGUUCACGGAGAGCAAGUUUUAGAUUAAAAAUGAGUACUGCAAAUAGUUCUGUUCAUCUAACAAGUGGUUAUUCUAUGCCUCUCAUUGGAAUUGGGACAUUUAAAAUACGAGACAGGGAUACGAUAUAUCAAGUCCUCGAUGAAAGCUUCAGAGUUGGGUUCCGAUUAAUCGAUACAGCAGAAGUAUAUGGAAAUGAAGCAUUCAUUGGAAUUGCAUUAAGGGACCUUCUACCAAAGUAUGGUCUAACUAGAGGAGAUAUUUUUAUUACUAGUAAACUUUCUCCCAGUAAUAAUGGUUAUCCUAAAAGGAUAAAUCAGGCUAUUCAAACAACUCUCAGAUCACUUGGUACAUCGUAUCUAGAUUUGUAUUUGAUUCAUUGGCCAGGUGCAGCUGGUAUACCGGAAGGUUCAACUCAGAAUACAGAAUUUAGAAAAUUGACUUGGGAUGUGUUGAUGCAACUCCAAGAUCGAGGCAUUAUUAAAUCCAUUGGAGUCUCAAAUUAUACGAUUAAUCAUCUUUCAGAAUUGAUGAAAAAUCCAGGGUCUGUAGUGCCUGCUGUCAAUCAAGUUGAAUGUCAUCCGCAUUAUCGCCAACAAGAAUUAAGAGAAUUCUGUAAUAAGGCAAAUAUACAUGUCCAAGCAUAUUCCUCGUUAGGAACUACUGGCGGCAUUGGUUUAUUAAACGAUCCAAUAGUUAAUAUAAUUGCUUCUGAAAUUGGAGUUACUAGUGCACAACUUUUGUUGAAAUGGGCUUUACAACAAGGAAUCGGGGUAAUACCUAAGGCAACAAAAAAAGAACAUAUUAUAGAAAAUAUUCAGCUGGAUUUCAUGAUCAGUGACGGGCACAUGAAUAUUUUAUCAAAUUUACCUCAAGAGAAAUAUACAUGGAAUCCAGAAAAUGUUUUUUGAAUGAAACCUCU